UUUAGAGGAGGGGUGGCAGUCUGGGACAACGGCAGAAGGGGACAUUCACAGUCAGACUGCAGUGGACUAAACAAACAAAUCUGUAUCUGAGAGAAACACGCAUGCCCUUUACCGUAGCGGUCAGUUUUGUCCUUUGUUUCCCACAUGGACGUGGUGCAACUGACCUCAGCGUUUCUAGAAGGCUCUGAUGUUCUGCAAGGACAAGGCGGGUUCGUUUUGGGUUCUUCACCUUAUAUGGAUCAAACCGAGACGUCCAGGAUCUGCUCCGGGUGACAGCCAGAGCGAGCUCACUGUGGCAUUUGUGUGUUUGCGUCUCUCUCGAGCUAUGGAAUGUCAGUCUGGAAGCCGGCGCGGAUUCCCAGAGGCGAAUUUUGAGGCUUGAGGCGUGACGGGCCGUCAGAACCACUGACCCUGAGAGAGUCCGGUAGCGCUCGUCUGCAAUGGGACGGUGGAGUCUUUUAGUUUUUCCUGAUAAUCAUCCUCACAGCAGAGGAGACUCUGAGCUUGGCUUUCCUCUGAAAUCCGUCGCACUUUGAGUCUCUCUUGAGAGGUUUUUGCGAGUCCUGUUCUUGUCCAUGCCUGUCAUUACCCUACAGGUCAAAGGGUGGUAUGUCGUGAGACCUUCUUGCGAGUCUUGCAUUGGCGCUGCGUCUCGUGCUGAUGGGAGCUGCUGCACCAUCAUGAGUUGCCAUGACGCUGGAGGGCGUCGCCGUUUCGAGGACUCUGAGUUCACCUUGCGCGUGUACCCUGGCGCGCUGUCAGAGGGCACCAUCUACUGCCCCAUCACUGCUCGAAAGGUCACCUCGGCCGCUGAGGUCAUCGAGCAGGUCAUCGCAAGGUUGCAGUUGGACCGCGCAAGGUUGUACGUGCUCGCAGAGGUGAAGGAAUUCGGCGGGGAAGAAUGGAUCCUGAACCCGGGAGACUCUCCGGUACAGCGCAUGAUGCUGUGGCCGCGUAUGGCGCUGGAAAACCGGCUAGGUGGCGAAGACUACCGCUUCCUUUUGCGGGAAAAGAACGUGGAUGGAUCGAUCCACUACGGAAGUCUGCAGAUGUGGUUGCGAGUUACGGAGGAGAGGCGACGGAUGAUCGAACGCGGCCUACUCCCGCAGCCUCCCGUCGGACAGCACGCUGCCGAUCUUUGCGCACUCCCGGACUUGAACGAGCUAACUUUGCUCGAGAAUCUUCGUGGACGUUUUCGCCAAGAGAAAAUCUACACGUACGUUGGCGGGAUUCUAAUAGUCGUCAAUCCGUUCAAGUUCCUGCCCAUUUACAAUCCCAAAUACGUGAAAAUGUACGAUAAUCACCAGCUCGGGAAGUUGGAGCCGCAUAUUUAUGCGGUGGCGGAUGUAGCGUACCACACCAUGCUCCAGAGGGAGAGGAACCAGUGCAUUGUGAUAUCUGGAGAGAGCGGAUCGGGAAAGACCCAGAGCACCAACUUCCUGAUUCAUCACCUGACGGCGCUCAGCCAGAAGGGCUUCGCUAGCGGCGUAGAGCAGAUCAUACUUGGAGCAGGACCUGUACUGGAGGCUUUUGGAAAUGCCAAAACUGCCCAUAAUAACAAUUCCAGCCGUUUCGGCAAGUUCAUCCAAGUCAACUACCAGAAGAGUGGAACUGUGAGAGGAGCUUAUGUGGAGAAAUAUCUUUUGGAAAAAUCUCGACUGGUUUAUCAAGAGCACAAUGAAAGGAACUAUCAUGUGUUUUAUUAUCUGUUGGCUGGAGCGAGUGAAGAAGAGAAAAAAUCCUUCCACCUGCUCAAACCAGAGGAGUAUCAUUACCUGAAUCAGAUAACAAAGACAGUCUACCGACAGUCUCAGCACUGGGGAAAUUACUAUGAAACUGAGCUGGAUUGUUUCACGGUUGAAGGGGAAGAUUUGAAGCAUGACUUCGAGCGGCUCCAGUUGGCGAUGGAGAUGGUGGGAUUCCUUCCUGCCACGAGAAAACAAAUCUUCACAUUACUGUCUGCUAUUCUUCACCUGGGGAAUAUUCGCUACAAAAAGAAAACAUACAGAGACGACUCCAUCAAUAUCUGUAACCCAGAGGUGCUUCCGAUAGUUUCUGAACUGCUGGAGGUAAAAGAGGAAAUGCUUUUUGAAGCUCUGACCACACGGAAGACUGUAACCGUGGGAGAGAGACUGAUCGUGCCAUACAAGCUAGCUGAGGCGGGGACGGUAAGGGACUCCAUGGCGAAGUCUCUGUACGGGGCUCUCUUCGACUGGAUCGUCUUCCGCACAAAUCACGCGCUGCUGUACAACAAAGACCUGGAGGAUUCUGCCAAGAUCCUCUCUAUCGGUGUGCUGGAUAUCUUCGGAUUUGAAGACUAUGAGAACAACAGUUUUGAGCAGUUCUGCAUCAACUUUGCCAACGAAACGCUUCAGCAUUAUUUCAACCAGCACAUCUUUAAACUAGAGCAGGAGGAGUAUCGAUCAGAGGGCAUCAGCUGGCACAUGAUCGAUUAUAUCGAUAACACGGCUUGUAUCAACCUGAUCAGCAAAAAGCCCACAGCACUGCUCCACCUGCUGGACGAAGAGUGCAAUUUUCCUCAGGCGUCAAAUCAAACUCUGCUGGAUAAGUUUAAGCGACAGCACGAAGGAAACAGCUACAUUGAGUUUCCUGCCGUCAUGGAGCCGGCGUUCAUCAUACGACACUACGCUGGGAAGGUGAAAUAUGGCGUCAAGGACUUCAGGGAGAAGAACACGGAUCACAUGCGUCCGGAUAUUGUGGCACUGUUGAAAAGCAGUCGCAAUGCGUUUAUCUGCAGUCUGAUGGGAAUUGAUCCCGUCGCCACGUUCCGCUGGGCCGCGAUCCGGGCGUAUUUCAGAGCCGUGGUGGCCUUCCGAGAGGCAGGGAGAAGAUACAAGGAGAAAAAGACGGACUCCGAUUCUCCGGUGCAGAAUCAGAAAAGUGUGGACAGCUUCAGUUUCCUGCAUCACCCUGUUCACCAGCGGAGCCUUGAGAUCCUUCAGCGAUGCAAAGACGAUAAAUACAAUUCGUGUAUCAGCCGGAAAAAUCCACGCACUCCACUGUCAGAUCUUCAGGGGACCAACACGAUCAGGGAUGGAUUCGCCUGUAACGUUCGUAGUUCCAGAUCGGAGCAUGUCUCCUCUUUCUCCCAUGAAGAGGAGGGAAUUUUCGUAAACAGCAUCAGUAACAAACUUCUCGGGAGAGCUCAAGGCAUCCUGAUGCGAAACAAGAACUUCAAGACGAAACUCAGUCUCCCGAAGCAUCUGUUAGACGUGAAAUCGUUGAAGUAUCUGAGCAGUUUGACGCUUCACGAUCGCAUCACCAAAUCACUGCUGCAUCUACACAAGAAGAAGAAGCCGCCCAGUAUCAGCGCCCAGUUCAACGCGUCUCUUAACAAACUGAUGGAGACACUGGGACAGUCAGAGCCAUACUUUGUGAAAUGCAUUCGGUCUAAUGCAGAAAAGCUUCCGCUGCGUUUCAAUGACGCGCUCGUGUUGCGACAGCUGCGCUACACUGGCAUGCUGGAGACCGUUAGAAUACGACAGUCUGGAUACAGUGUCAAAUACACUUUUCAGGAAUUUGCGCAUCAUUUUCACGUGCUGUUACCAGCUGUGUUCUGUCCCACUCAAGCGGGCAUCAGAGACUUUCUGCAGACUGCCAACCUCGAGCCAAACGGGUAUCAAGUGGGCAGGACUAUGGUGUUUUUGCGGGAGCUUCUACGUCAGAGGCUGCAGGAUGAACUUCAUCGGGAGGUUUUGAGGAGAAUUGUUUGUUUACAGCAGAAGUUCAGAGCUCAACAGGAGAGGAAACACUUCUGCUGCCAGAAGCGAGCCGCCCGGAUCAUACAGAGUUGGUGGCGUGCUUGCAUGCUAACUAAUGCUGACGAGAGCGCGACUUACACGGAGCUCCGGCACGAGGCAGUAGUGUGUCUUCAGGCAGCAUGGAGGGGCUACAGAGCGAGACGACUCUACAUGCUGCAGAAGAGAGCCGUGACGGUCAUACAGAAAUGCUGGAGGAGAUACCUGCAGACGCGCGAGAAAGCAGCAGGGCACAUACAGACAGCCUGGAGGACGCAUUGUCAGAGACAGAGAUAUUUGCGCCAGUGCAGGGCGGCCGUCAUGCUACAGGCGGCCUGCAGGGGGCACCAGGCUCGACAGAGAUGCCGCUUUCUGAGAGAGCUGCGACUUAAAGAGAAUACCCCUGAAAACAAGGUGGAUCCAAACACUGUGACACAAAUUUUAAGUGUUCCUCAAAACACAACCGAAGUCCAGACCACUCACCUGGACACACAAGAACCUGAACCAGCCGUAGAGCCGCCACAGGCUGAGGAGGAGUUCAAGGAGAUACGAGAAAAGCAAUCCGUCGAGCCUCCAAGAACCGUGGACGACAGCACGCUGAAGAGCCGCAACAAACGAGAGAGCCGGAGGAAACGAGAACUCGAACAGGCCACGUUCAGUUUAGAACUGCUUAAAGUCCGGUCCGGUUCGGUGACCAGCUCGGACCAGACUGAAGUAACGGACAACACACUCCUCUCUCAAAACCCUCUUACCGAACGACUCCCUUCCUCGCCUCAGGUGUCUCCAGAUAGCCAAGAAAGCUUUGAGCACUUUGGCUUUCACAACGAGGAAGUCACGACAACUGAACUUCCUCCUCCGCAGGAAACGUCUGCUGUUGACAAAUCCGAGCCAGUGGAGGUGAACCAAAGUGUGGAGUCGUCCAAUCCAGUUCAGCAAAGCCCAACAUCAUCCAAGCCUCGCUUCUACAUCCUAGAUGAAGAAACCAGUCCGGCCAAAACUUCUCCACGGAGGCCAAACGGCACCAAGAGGGAGAAGAAGGAAUCGGUGCUGGUCAUCAUCAGUAUGCAGAAAGAGAACCCCGUAGACCAAACCAGCCUGGAAGCUUUUCAAAGACUGGAAAUGGAAGCUGAGGAGAUGCCAACUUCUGCCCACCAAGAAGACGAAAGAUGGAACGGAGUGUCCUCUCAAGAUCGUCCAAACGUACAACCUGACCUGAACCCUGAACCUCAAACCAAUCAUGGCCCCGUCAUUCCUUCGACCACAUCCAAACCCCUCCAGCUGGACCGGAGGGGGGCAGUGUCUGUACAGGAAGUGACAUCAGAGCCUAGAAAGGAAGUUCAAGCUCAGAAGUUGGUGACACAGAGCAUCAGUGUCAGUAUGAAGGAGAAAUCCACUAAUCUGGCCUUCUCUCCCAAACAUAGCCGACUCACCUUCUCCAAGUCAGAUAAAGAUCUUGUGAAUCAGGAACGUUCGUUGGCUCUUCAAAGAGGAACAGGAUUCAGAUCGUUGAAGAACAGAGAGGUGACCAGAGCGGGUUAUAAAAAGAAAGUUCGUAUGGCUGGGACACGCUCUGAUUUCCUGACCCGUGCCUGUAGCACUGAGGUCGACUCAGACGAUGAAGAUGAUGAUGAAUUCGAGUACACGCCUGUGUUCUCUCGCACACUGGCUUUCCAAGAAUCCCCUGACUUCCCCGACCCGGCCUGCCACAGUGACUCUGAGAUGUCUCAGUUGUCUCAGAAGGAGCUGAAGAAGAUCCAGAAGACCAUGUCCUCAGGAGAUCUGGGGAAGAUGGACUCCCUUAGAAAGUCUCUGUCCCAUACAGACAGCAGGGUCAGGGGCAAAAUGCGGUUCUGGAGUAAAAGCAAGCAUGGAGAUAAGAAGAUGUCCGCCAGAGGACGUUCCGAUGACUCUGAGCUCACAGACGGCAGGCAUGGCUCUCCUCCAGACAGCCCUGAACAUGCUGGACUCUCGGAGCGUGGACGAGAGAGUAAAGAGAACCGCGAGCCAAUGAUGGGCAUGAUGUCGAUAAAGAGGAGACGUAGUGUGAAAAUCAGCAGCAUUUCUCUUGAAUCUUCCGCAUGGCAGAACGAUUCGCUCCACAUUCUCACCAGCACGGCAGACUACCGUAGCAUGAACGACUUUCUUAUGAAGAAGAUCAGUGAUCUGGACGCUGAAGAUGGCCAGAAUGACACACCGGUGGACGUGGUGUUUAAGAAAGCUCUGAAAGAGUUUCGCCUCAAUAUCUUCAACUCUUAUUCUACCGCACUGGCCAUGGACGAUGGCAGAAGUAUUCGUUAUAAAGAUCUCUACGCUCUGUUCGAGCACAUUCUAGAAAAGAGCAUGCGUCUGGAGCAGAGAGAUUGGAGCGAGUCGCCUGUUAAAGUCUGGGUCAACACCUUCAAAGUCUUCCUCGAUGAGUUCAUGACUGAGAACAAGCCCAUGGAUGGAACCAUCAGUAAGGCUCCCAAACCUGAGAGGAAGAAGAGACGGAAAAAGGAAUCAGAUAAUGUUGAGGAGCACAUGGGUCACAUCUUUAAAGCCACUCAGUACAGCAUCCCGACAUACUGCGAGUUCUGUUCGUCACUCAUCUGGAUGAUGGACAAAGCGUGUGUCUGCAAACUUUGCCGUUACGCGUGUCACAGGAAGUGCUGUCUGAGGAUGACCACUAAAUGCAGUAAAAAGUUUGACCCUGAGCUGUCUUCACGGCAGUUUGGCGUUGAGUUAUCUCGUUUAACGAGUGAUGAGCGAGCCGUGCCGUUGGUGGUGGAGAAACUGAUUAACUACAUCGAGAUGCACGGACUCUACACUGAGGGCAUCUACAGGAAAUCUGGAUCCACCAAUAAAAUCAAAGAACUCAAACUGGGACUGGACACAGACGUGAGCAGCGUGAAUUUAGACGACUACAACAUCCACGUCAUUGCGAGCGUUCUCAAACAGUGGCUGCGUGACCUCCCCAACCCCCUCAUGACCUUUGAACUGUACGAGGAGUUCCUCAAAGCUAUGGGUCUACAGGAUAACCGUGAGGUGCACCAGGGGGUUUAUUCCGUUAUUGAUCAGCUCAGCAGAACACAUCUGUGCACAUUAGAGAGACUCAUAUUUCACCUGGUCAGGAUCUUGUUCCAGGAGGACACUAACCGCAUGUCUGCGAACGCACUAGCAAUCGUGUUUGCACCCUGCAUACUGCGCUGUCCCGACACCACUGACCCGUUACAGAGCGUCCGGGACAUCAGCAAGACCACUGCUUGUGUGGAGCUGAUCAUCUGUGAGCAGAUGAGGAAAUAUAAAGCUCGUCUGAAGGACAUCAACACUCUGGAGUUUGCCGAAAGUAAAGCCAAGAGUCGCCUCACACACAUCCGACGCUCCAUGUCAAACGUGGUUAAAAAGGGUAAGGGGCGUUUACGCAAGAGUGGUCUACACACCCCCUCCCCGCCCAUGAGCCCACAGAUGGCUGAGAGGGAGGAGUCAGGUGAUGAAGGGGCGGAGUCUGGGCUCAGCGAACCGCAGCAAGCAGCUAUGCAACAGGAAGAAAGAGUUCUGACACAGCAGAUAGAAACGCUGCAGAAAGAGAAGGAAGAGCUUACCUAUGAGAUGCUGGCUUUGGAGCCCAGAGCAUCCGAUGAUGAAAUGCUGGAGUCGGAAGCAUCUAUCGGGACAGCAGACAGCUCAGAAAACCUCAUGGAAGCGGAAGGUGUGGUAUCUGACCAGUGGGAAAAAAGUCCCGGAGCGGUAUCGGCUACACAUUGGCGGAAACCAGAGUCCAAAGCCAGGCGAGGUUUACGGCGACAGCCUGAAUCUCUGGACUCCGUAGACUCUGCCGUGGCAUCACUCUCCUCCGUGGCGUCCAUCCCUCACUAUCGGUUCCGUUCAUCCUCCUCGGGGCCUCUCUUUUCCUCGGGCUCUGCUGGAGGGGACUUGCACAUUCUUCCUGACCGGGAGGACUCGGAACCGGCCAGCCUGACCACCCGAUGUGCCUCCAGCUCAGAGAAAAACCGUCCGCGGCCCAGAGGAAACCGCAGCUGCCCACCAAAGUCCCGCGAGCCAGGCGAAGCUGGCGGCCGCCGAGAGAGCAUGAAUAUGGUUCCGCUCAGCCGUUAGUGCUGUACGGAAGUAAUGAAUUUAUGGUCUGACUUUGAGAUGCCUCCUAGUGGCUGAAGCUGGUAGCGCGUGGCACUUUCAAAGUGGAAAGGUGACAAGAAACGUCAGACUUCAGUUUGGAAAAGUGGAACAGAAAGCCUUUAACUGGACAGAUGUUUCCCUUCCAGCAAGCAAAAUGGAAGGAAGAAAAAAUGUAAUGACUGACAAAAAAACCCUGAUAACGAUAAUGAGAAUUACUGGGUGUUGCAGUGAACGUCCCGAUAUCCACGACCUACUGACUGUAAAAUGGACCAGCUGGACCGGUCCGGUUUUUUGCAACAUAUUCUAAGAAUAGUUUAGAACAGGGAAUGAACGAUUUUUAACGCAUAACGUCCAUUUUCAUGUUUACAGAACUGAGCCAAUGAGAGGUCACGUGACUUCACUGACUGCAUGCCGUAUUGCUACCGUUUUGUUUUCACUCUCUGAUUAAGAAAACCUUUGAUAAAGUGCUAAAUAUGUAAAAUAUGAUUUUAUUAUUGAUAUGGGUCAAAAGAAUCGUGUGAAUAGCUGAAAUCUCUGUGCUGCUGGUCGACCUGUGAACAUUUAAUAACGUUUUUAUUUUAAAAGCGUGUGAAUCUGGUGUCUCUAGCUGUCUGUGUGUUGUGUCUUUAAUUUAUAUAGGUGAAUCUAAUCUAGGUAUCAACCCAAAACCAAUAGAACAAAAACAUGAAAUUAUAUUUCCAUAAAGAAAAUGGAGCCUUUAUUUAGGGCCAUCAAGAUUUUUGCGUUGUGGCAUUAUUUUCGUGACAAUUAAGGACAUUUCUGCACAAAUAUCUUUUUCAAUGUUCCAUAGAUCCCAUUAUAAUCAAUGAAGCUGUCUACACUGGAAACGUCCGUUGUGGGGCAUCACGUAACAUAGUGGUAAACAAAUGCCCGUUCUGUUGCCGACUGCAGAGCGACUCCAGCAGCUUGAUCAUCCCAUUCGUCUGCUGUUUCUGGACUCUGAUCUACAUAUUUAAUCAAUAUUUUGUGUCUAACCACAUGUUAUGCGCAGCUUUAGCAACAAUAACUUUACAAUAAUAAUUAAACCAGUAAAUUUCAGUUGAAUAAUUACAGUUAUUUUCCGUUUAACGCUUGCUGAAGUCUACUCGAGCUCACAGCUGAUUGGUCCGUGCUUUCACAUGUUAUUUACAGUAGAUGUGUCCAAAUGUUGUACUUUUAGAAGUUUUUUGGUCAUGUUCAUUCUCAACUGUACGGUACAGAGCCCCAUAGAGGACAAGGCGGGAAUAUUUUUUCUGAAACAGAUUUACGUUCCCUCAUAACAGAUUUACGUUCCCUCAUAACAGAUUUGCGCUCCCUACCAACAGUUUAGCGUUCCCUCAUAACAGUUUAGCGUUCCCUACCAACAGUUUUGCGCUCCCUACCAACAGUUUUGCGCUCCCUCAUAACAGUUUAGCGUUCCCUCAUAACAGAUUUGCGUUCCCUCCCAACAGUUUUGCGCUCCCUCAUAACAGUUUAGCGUUCCCUCAUAACAGUUUAGCGUUCCCUCAUAACAGAUUUGCGUUCCCUCCCAACAGUUUUGCGCUCCCUCCCAACAGUUUUGCGCUCCCUCCCAACAGUUUUGCGCUCCCUCCCAACAGUUUUGCGCUCCCUCCCAACAGUUUAGCACUCCCUCAUAACAGUUUUGCGCUCCCUCAUAACAGUUUAGCAUUCCCUCAUAACAGUUUAGCGUUCCCUCCCAACAGUUUUGCGCUCCUCAU